GCUCUGAAAAUACAAUUCAACAACCCAGCUUCAGAUUUUGCACGAAAAAUCCCAGUGAUUAAUUCAUUUCAGACCAGAAGACGAUGAUGAUGAUGAUGAAGAGAAGAGCUUCUUCUGCGGUGAUUGCUUCCAUUGCUCAGUCUGAGGAAGCAGCUGCUUCGUUAGGUACUGCUGCUACAGUUGGUUGUACUGCUCUUGCUUUAUUUCUCUCUGCAUUCCCAAGCCCUAAACCUCAAUUAGCUUUUUACUCUGCUAGUAGCAGUAAAACUAGGUCGUCUUCUGGAAAAGCUCUGAAAUUACAAUCGGAAUUGAGGAAUGAUAUUAUUAAUAUAAACAGUCUUGAUGAUGCUCUGAGCUUAUACAAGCAGAUGGCUCGGAUGAGUCCUCUGCCUUCCGUUAUUGAUUUCACUCAAUUGAUGGACCGUAUUGUUAAGAUGAAGAAUCAUUAUUCUUCAGUUAUUUCCCUUUUUAGAGAUAUGUGUGUCAAGGGCAUUCCUGUUGAUGAGUACACCCUUACUAUAGUGAUUAAUUGUUAUUGCCUCGUGGGCCGAGUGGAUUUGGGGUUUACUGUGUUGGCUGGCUUCUUUAAGCGUGGCAUUAUGCCCAAUGUAUUCACAUUCAAUACUCUACUCAAAGGACUCUUUCAAGAACAUAAGGUUCCCCAGGCACAAGAAUUGUUCAAAAAGAUAAUAUAUGAAAAGCUUUGUGAGCCGAAUGAAUUUACAUUUGGGAUUGUGAUACAUGGACUUUGUGAAGAGGGAAACACUCGAACAGCCAUCGACUUGCUCAGAGCACUGGAAAAACAAGGAAGAUCUUGUAAACCUAAUACAGUUGUGUACAGCACUAUCAUUGACAGCUUGUGCAAGGAUAAAAUGGUCGAUGAAGCUCUUGCCCUCUUCCAGGAGAUGAUUGAAAAGAGCAUACCCCCAAAUGUUGUCACUUACAAUUCUUUGAUUCAGGGUUUGUGCAAUUUAAGCAAAUGGAAGGAGGCUAAAGAGCUCUUCUCUGAGAUGAAGGAUUAUAAAAUUGUUCUAGAUGUCUCUACUUUUAAUAUAGUGGUGGAUGCACUGUGCAAGGAAGGACAUAUAGAAGAUGCUGAACAGGUCGUAAGUGUCAUGAUUCAGCGAGGUCAGAAUCCCGACCCUGUCACCUACAAUUCCUUAAUGGAUGGAUACUGUUUACAGCGCCGAAUAGAUGAAGCAAAGAGAGUUUUUGAUACAAUGGUUGCUGGCAGCCUUACUCCUACUCUCCGUAGCUACGCUAUUCUACUAAAUGCCUAUUUCAAGAGCAGGAAAGUGGAAGCAGCCAUGAAUCUCUUCCAUGAGAUUCGACAUAAAGGUUUAACUCCUGAUAUCUCUGUUUAUAACACUGUUCUGCAGGGGUUAUUUAGUGCAGGAAGGUACCUUAGUGCACGAAAAAUUUUCGAUGAGAUGCAAGCUGCUGGCAUGAAGCCUGAUUUUUACACUUACUGUGUGGUGUUGGAUGGAUUGUGCAAGACUGGACAUGUCGACGAAGCAUUACAAUUAUUCCACGCGAUGGAAGCAGAUGGAAUAGAUCUUUGUAUAAGAAUGUACAAUAUUAUCCUUGAUGGAUUGCGCAAAAGCAGUAGGCUGAUAGUGCUCGAGAUCUUUUCAAUAAGCUCUCCCUCAAAGGAUUGGACCCUGAUGUCAAAACAUACACCAUAAUGAUUGCUGGCCUGCUUUCGGAAGGCUUCAUCACUGAAGCUAAAGAGCUUUUUGAGAAAAUGGAAGAGAGUGGUUGCCAGGCAGAUAGUGUUAUGUACAAUGUAAUUCUGCAGGAACUCCUUAAAGGGGGCCAUUAUGAUGACGCAAUAGUCUAUCACGAAGAAAUGGUUCGUAAAGGUUUCUUGAUGGAUUCAACUACUUUUUCCAUUUUGCUUGAUUCAUCUGCUGGAAAACAGAACAAUCCUUCUCUACUUGUGUCGAUGCUGAAGAUUGAUCCAGACAGCAUGAAGUUCAGGGAUGCGGGAUAUAGACAACCUUCACAUUAGUUGCAACUUGUUGAUCCAGCUAAUGUUUGGCCUCUAAACUAUAAUUUGCUGGAACUAACAUUAUUUGAGUUCACUUUUGAACUGGGCUUUGGAGGAGCUAUGUUGGUCAUAUUUUGUGGAAUCUCUCAAAGAUCUUGAGUCCUGGUGAAGAAGCCACAGUCCCUCGGAAAGUUCAAUUGAUAAGUGUUGCAGUUUUCAGAAAUCUGCUGCUGUUAAUUGGAUUGCUAACACUUCUUCUGAGAGACUUCUUGUUUAUCCUUUCAUGGAGAACCUCUAUGUGGCAUAUCACUUUAGAGGUAACUUGUGCAGGCCUUUUUCUUCUUUUUCGAUGGGUUUUGGUACUUUGGCUUGCAUGUAAUGUUUGAAUUUAUUGGAAACAUGAAAUGAAACUACAUCUGAAAAUAUAGUUUGUGAUUUUGAAAUUACAGAAAAGUUUCAGACUUUUAUAAUUUGGAGGAUUUUCUUUUAAGUAGGAUAAAAUUUUUACUUUCAUUUCAAUUUCUAAAUGGAACCAAGCACCCAAUUUACAAGCGUAAAAACUUUUUAGACCAUUGUCUUGCUUUCGAUUUGAACUUUGAGGCCCCAUGGAUGGUUGUGGUUACAUAUGAAUGCUUGUUAUAAUUACUUAUAUUUGUGCAAUCAGUUUUCAGUCAAUCUUUAGCUUGGAGGGAGUAAAAAGAGGAACCAACCAUAGUGGAGCCAUCCAGCUACAAAGAACAUGGAAUAUAGCCAGUCAAGUGUUGUUUCAGUGAAGCUAAGAGGCCAAGGUGCAGCAGACAAUUAAGUGACCUCUGCAUAUAAGACUGGUGAAGCAGAGCCUGCUAUUCUCCACUGGAGGGGAGCGAAAACACCUCUAAGAAAGCAUGAGCUAUAUAGCCUCCACCAAAAGAGCGUGAGCUUUUGGUAAGAUCGAGGACGCAGAACCAUGAAAGCAAUAUAUACACAAUUAAGGUUUUUCCAUGAUAAAUAAGCAGAUUAUUAGAUCUUCUUCAGUUUUUCAUUUUUUUUUGUCUCCUUUUUCUUUAAUGUACGAUACUUCUCUGUAAUGAUGAAGUGAUGAUGGCAAAAGUAAAAGGUAUGAGCAGGAUGAACUGACGGUAGGGAGGAGGUAAAAUUUUGGGGGAGAGAAGAAAGAAGAGGCCCCCAUUUUUGUACAGGAUGUUGCAAUGUACCAUUCGCAACCUCUUUGAAAGCAAUAUUAAGCCAUUGCUUGAAGUAAUAUUAGUGUGUUAAAAGGCGGGGAUUGCAUUACUACUCUUCUAACACAUAUGGUUUUGCUUUCACUUUUCAGUAGUGAAACCAGUUUAUACAAAAAUAAUAGAUUAUAGAC